AUGGACACGGGCGGGGUGACACCGUCUACUGAACGUGACACAUCUACUGAACGUGACACAUCUACUGGACGUGACACAUCUACUGAACGUGACACAUCUACUGGACGUGACACGUCUACUGAACGUGACACGUCUACUGGACUUCAGUCUGACAGUGAACAAGUUCAGUCUGACAGUGAACAAGUUCAGUCUGACAGUGAACAAGUUCAGUCUGACAGUGAACAAGUUCAGUCUGACAGUGAACAAGUUCAGUCUGACAAUGAACAAGUUCAGUCUGACAGUGAACAAGUUCAGUCUGACAGUGAACAAUUUCAGUCUGACAGUGAACAAGUUCAGUCUGACAGUGAACAAGUUCAGUCUGACAGUGAACAAGUUCAGUCUGACAGUGAACAAGUUCGAUCUGACAGUGAACAAGUCCAGUCUGACAGUGAACAAGUUCAGUCUGACAGUGAACAAGUUCAGUCUGACAGUGAACAAGUUCAGUCUGACAGUGAACAAGUUCAGUCUGACAGUGAACAAGUUCAGUCUGACAGUGAACAAGUUUAG